CCUACACACACAAGGACACUGUUGUUAGGAUGCGUUACCUGACAGUCCCGUGACUGACUUAUUACACCUUUAUUCGUCUUGAAAUGAAUGUUUUACUGUCACCAUUAGCACAACAUAGCCACAUUCACAUUCGUUAUUCAUGCUUUGGGUUAUUUUCUGAGUAAGCAACACGAGCCAGGUUGAUGAGCUUGAAUACUAAACGCUAAACUUAGGAUAUAAAUGAACAAGGUCCAAAUGAACAAGGUCCAAACGAGACAGAUUUGGACAGUUAAAUUAGACUAAAAUAAUGUAAGUAAUUUAAGUGCGUAAUUAAGUAAUUUGGCUUUCCUUUUUGGUUAUGAUUUAAGUUAAAGCUAUUAGUUGCUAUCGAUGACGUUGUUUCCCCAGUAAUUCCAGACAAGGAUCAAGUAUGUGCGACAACGUUAACCCUAACCCGACCCCAACCCUAACCACCAACCCUUACCCCAAACACUAAACCCCAACCACUGCUACAACCCUAAUCCUAACCCAAAACCAAACCCUACUCAAAUCCCAAUACUGAGUAACUGCCACAGUGCAUAUGCAGUAUAUACACACAUAUACACAUUUGUAAUCAAGUGUGGGAGCAAUAUUCACUUGACAAAUACAUGUGACAGAUAAGAUUUCCAGUCAUUUCUAACCAUAAACACAACAAACAUGAGCUACAGUACGUGCCGCUCGUAGUUAGUCAGCAACUCUUGAGUUGCGGGAGACUUUUUUUUAUGACCCCUUACGGGGCAUGACUUGCCUGGGCCACCAGUCACAUGGCGCGCCGCCACGCAAACCGACCGGUUGCAUCAGAAAUAUGUGUGACGUCCAGUGAGCUAAAUAUAGCGCCAUAAAAGCGCCACCGUGGUUUUCCCCUUGAAAACUCCCUAACUCUUUUGAUUCACUUGAAGAGGUACAUUGAGGAGCACUUCCUAAAAUACGCUCCAUGUUGGCAACUUGGCAUCGAAGCACUGUUUUAAGAAGCUUCCGAGGUGCCACAUUCUUGCCCCCCGCCCCACCCUUCCUGUCAGGUGGAAACAUUUCUUGGCCUUGCAUGCAAAUGGGACCCUACCUCCUCCAGGAGAAGCGAUCUGAUUGGUGCUCUGGGCAGCUCUCAUCCUUUAAAUAGUCCAUGCUGAGAUUGUCUAUCAAUGAAGUAGUAAAAGGGGGGAACGGUUGAAGUCCUAGAGGGAGGAGAAAGCUUUGAGAGAGAUUUAGCAUAGUGGGGUUCCCCUUCUUUUAGUUACUGAUUUCAAAAAAAAGGCGACCAACAUGAAAUUCAUCAUUGGCAUUGGCGGAGUGACCAACGGUGGCAAGACCACCCUGACUAACAGACUGCUUAGGACGUUGCCCAACUGCUGUGUUGUGCAUCAGGAUGACUUUUUCAAGAAACCCGAUCAAAUAGAAGUCGGGGAGGACGGCUUUAGACAGUGGGAUGUCAUCUCUGCCCUGGACAUGGAGGCCAUGGUCAGCACGGUGAAAGGCUGGCAGGAGAACCCGGUCAAGUUUGCCCGCUCCCAUGGCGUCAGCCUGUCACCCGAAGCCGAGGAAUGCAGCUCGGACCAGAAUGGGAUCCAUAUUCUCAUCGUGGAGGGCUUCCUCAUCUACAACUACAAGCCUCUCAUCGACAUCUACGACAGGUGUUUCUACAUGUCCCUUCCUUAUGAGGAGUGCAAGACAAGGAGAAGUACGAGAACGUACACCGUUCCCGACCCUCCCGGUCUGUUCGAUGGCCACGUCUGGCCCAUGUAUCUGAAGCACCGCAAACAAAUGGAGAGCCAGUGUGACAGAAUAGAUUACCUCGAUGGAAUGAUGGCGAAAGACGACAUUUAUUCUGUCGUGUUUGAGAGAAUCCAGAAUGCCCUUCUCAACAACUCAUAGCAGGACACCGGCCGGGAGGAUCUUGUGUAUAGAUAAUGUAAAUAACGACGACCAUGUACGCCUUGUAGGAUGUGUAAAUAGUUGUGCUGAGCAGCACACAUCGUCUUUUGUAUCAUUGUCCCGAAAAGAGAAAAAGCCACCCGCGCUUUGGCCCGGGUUGAAUGAACAUCACAAUCACAUAAAGUCAACAAAAGAAUACAGUCUGUUUCCUG